AUGGUUGAUAUAGAUGACAGAGAAUUUGAACUUUUAGAAACAAUUCUUUAUGAUCCACCUUUAGAACCAUUAAAAAUAAUUCUUGAUAAAGAAUGUACAUUAUCUACCGAUAUGUUUCUUUAUCACAAAACAACUCAUAGAAAAGUAUAUGAGGAUGCUAGGAUUCGAAUGAACUUAAAUUUACUUCCAGGAUCAAAGAAUGAAAAUAAUGAUAUAUUUGAUGUAUUAAUGUAUAAUGAAAAUAAUGAAAUUACAGAAUGUUCAAUUUCUAAUAUUGCUGUAGAAUUUUAUGAUCAAGAUAAAAAGAAAAUGGUUUGGAAAACUCCAAAGAUUGAAUGUGGAUUGUUGCCUGGUACAAUGAGAUCUUAUCUAAUAAAUUUAGGAAAAAUUAUUUGCGAUAAGAUUACCAUUGAUGAAUUAAAAAUUGCACAACAGGUUAUUAAAGUUUAA